GGAAGCCCGGCCUCCCUGAUUUCAACAGAUUGAAAUGUAAGCCUGUCUCCGGCGCCUUCGGGAAACAGAAAGAGAAUUUUGUCCCCUCUUCUUCAUUUUGUCGCACAAGAAGUGGGUUGUAUUUAUUUAUUUUUUUUCACCCGAGUGCGGACACGCUGGACGCGCGGCAGGAUCCACGGAGGCGGCACAGAGCGGACACCGUGUACUUCCUUUGCGGCUUCAACACGAUGGAACCUGCCUUCGGUGAGGUGAACCAGCUCGGCGGUGUCUUCGUGAACGGCCGGCCUCUCCCGAACGCCAUCCGCCUCCGCAUCGUGGAGCUGGCGCAGCUCGGGAUCCGACCGUGCGACAUCAGCCGCCAGCUCCGCGUCUCCCACGGCUGCGUGAGCAAGAUCCUGGCCCGCUACAACGAGACCGGCUCCAUCCUGCCGGGGGCCAUCGGCGGCAGCAAGCCGCGGGUCACCACGCCCACCGUCGUCAAGCACAUACGGACUUACAAGCAACGGGACCCGGGGAUUUUCGCCUGGGAGAUCCGGGACAGGCUGCUAGCGGACGGCGUGUGCGACAAGUUCAACCUGCCCUCCGUGAGCUCCAUCAGCCGGAUCCUGCGGAACAAGAUCGGGAAUCUGGCGCAGCAGAGUCAGUACGAGUCCGGCAAGCAGGCGCCUCACCCGCCGCCUCAGCCGUCGUUACCUUACAACCACUUGUACUCCUACCCGGCGUCUAAAGUGCCCAAUCCCCCCGGCAUGCCCACCCUUCCCGGACACAUGGCCAUGCACAGGAUAUGGCCCUCCUCGCAUUCGGUCACAGAUAUUCUGGGGAUUCGAUCUAUCACAGAGCAACAAAUUAGUGACAGUCCAUCCUUUUCCAGCGCCAAACUAGAAGAAUGGAGCGCUAUAAACAGGAGUAAUUUCCCACCAGCAAGCUCGUCUCUAGUCAAUGGCGUGGAUAAGGCGCAUUUAGAACCCCACGAAGCGAAAUUCACACAGACGCCGAGUGGAUUGCCCACAGCGAACAGCUAUGUCACAGCGCCCAGCAUCCCUCCCUACCACCCUCCCACCCAAGUGUCACCCUACAUGGGGUACAGCGCCACCACGUCGGCCUAUGUGACCGGACCCACAUGGCAGCCGGCCAGUGGCAGUGCUCUAUCUCCCCACAGCUGUGACCUCGCCGGCUCUCUGGCCUUCAAGAACAUAGCGGCGAGCCGCGACGCCAUCCACCCGGUCGCCGCGUCGGUGCUUUGAGCGUUCCCUCCGAGGACUAGAGACGGACAGAGUCUGAGGGGGGAACAGUGGAGGCGGGGAGGGUGGGGGUGGAUGUGAGGGUGAGUGGACGGGACAGGACAACGGACUUCGAGUCUUGUCGUUUCGCUCUUGCAGUCGCCCUUCUAUGAAGGACUGAGGACCGCCGCCGAGUGCGGGACGCUCUCCCUCGACCUCCCCCCCUCCCCGCCGCACUCCAAACUCAACACGGUGCGACCGAAGGCCGAAGGAGUAAAACGGUCGACACAACAAACUGGUUGUCUAAAAGGACUCGGAGAGCAGGUGUUCUGAAGGGACAAGUGCGUGACCGCCACUCUCCACCCAUCAACACUAUUCCUCUCAGAUUCUUUACUGCACACUCUUUGGGCAAAAACGGGGUAAUGUACGACUUCAGAAAUAUACAAUCAACCUAAAGAAAAACACUUUGCAUGAGUGUUUCAGGGUGCUUGUAAAUUACUAUUGCUUUUUUUUUUUUUUUUUUUAAGUUUGUAUGCUUUUUUGUUGUUGUUGUUUAUGAUUUUAUAAAUGGAGCAUUGCUUUUUCCCACUUCACUAAAAGUGUAGCCAAAGAAAGAGCUCCACACAGAAGUCUUAUUUAUUUAGGUUAAGGUACGUUGAAUGAAGUGCAAUUAGCGUUGCAGAAUGCGUGGGAGUCUCCAUGCACAUUAGGACAGAAUUGGAAUUAUGUUGCAGAGCAUUAACAAUUGACAAAUGUUGCACAGUGAAAUUGAAUGUAUCUUAUUAAAUUGUUUGGCUGUUUACCGAU